CUCCACAAUGAAGGAGUCCUACUACUGCAACCCUGCAAUAUGUUGCUUCUUGUUUAUAUUGUUUUCGGUAUCGGGUUCGGUUCAUGGAAGGCAUGAUCAUGGGCAGCUCAUGGUGCCAUGUUUCUUCAUCUUCGGAGCUUCCUCGUUUGACAAUGGCAAUAACAAUGCCCUCCCAACUUUGGCUAAAGUCAAUUACCCGCCGUAUGGGAUCGACUUCCCUGCAGGACCAACGGGAAGGUUUAGCAACGGGCGAAGCAUUGUCGAUAUCAUCUCUGAAUUUCUUGGGUUCGACGAUUACAUUCCAUCGUUUGCAAGCACGGUAGGAGGCGAAAACAUACUCAAAGGCGUGAAUUAUGCAUCUGGGGGAUCGGGGAUUCGAGCUGAAAGUGGACAGCAUGCGGGAGCGCGGAUUAGCAUGGACGGGCAAUUACGAAAUCAUCAAAUCACGGUAUUGCGCCUCAUCAACAGAUUGGGGCAAAAUGAGUCUGCUGCUAAAGAGUAUCUAAACAAGUGCAUAUAUGCUGCUGGCUUGGGGUCUAAUGACUAUGUCUCAAACUAUUUUCUCCCUUCACUUUAUCCAACCAGUCGCAUUUAUACUCCCGAGCAGUAUGCUCUAGUCCUAGCUCAACAAUAUUCACAACAAUUAAAGACUUUGUACACAAACUAUGGAGCAAGGAAGGUAGCCCUAUUUGGAUUGGCACAGCUAGGUUGCGCUCCUAGCGUAGUAGCUUCCAAAGGUGCCACAAAUGGCUCUGCAUGUGUGGAUUACAUCAAUGACGCUGUUCAAAUUUUCAACAAUCGACUCAAAGUGCUGGUGGAUGAGCUCAACCGUAACCUAACGGAUGCCAAAUUUAUCUAUGUGAAUGUUUACGAGAUAGCAUCAGAGGCAACUUCAUAUCCUAGCUUCAAGGUCAUCGAUGCACCAUGUUGUCCGGUGGCAAGCAAUAAUACUCUCAUACUUUGUACUAUUAACCAAACUCCAUGUCCUAAUCGAGAUGAGUACUUCUACUGGGAUGCCUUUCAUCUUUCGGAGGCCACCAAUAUGUUCAUUGCAAAUAGGGCAUACAAUGCUCAGUCUCCCACCGACACUUGUCCGAUUGAUAUUUCUGACCUCGCCAAGCUCUAGCAGGGUUUUGUUGCAAAUAGAAAAUAUUUGGCUUUUGUUGUACUGAAGUUCCAUAGUUUGUGUUUUAUUUUCAAAUAAUAAGGCUAUUUACUACUACCUUCAUUUCUUCUAA